AUGGGUGGUUUAAAAUUUGGUUGUGAUUUCAAAACUUGGAUUUUUGGGUAUGAGGAUGAGCAUGAGUUGGUUGAAGCUUGGGAUUCUUUGAUUCAUAAAUAUAACUUGCAAGAGAACUUAUGGAUAAAGAAGACUUGGGAACUUAGAGAGAAGUGGGCGCAUGUGUAUAUGAAGUUGGUAUAUGCUGCAGGAAUGCGAAGCACUCAACUUAGUGAAAGCUUGAAUGCAGAAUUGAAGAGGAAUUUAAAAGUUGACCAUAAUAUUAUUCAAUUUUUUACACACUUCAAUCGAGUUGUUUUGGAUAAGCGGUAUGAAGAAGUAAAAGCCAUAUACGAUUCUAGACAACAAUUGCUGAGAAUAAAGUUGAAAAUGUCUCCCAUGUUAAUUCAAGUUGCUAAGUUGUAUACCCGUCCUAUCUUUGACUUAUUUCAUAAUGAGUUAAACACAUCACUUCAUUGUCAAGUGAAGCAAUGCCAUGAGUUAGAAAGAGAAGUAACGUAUGUGAUUGGCUUAUAUAGAGAGGAUAGAGAGUAUAUUGUGAAAGAUGCGAAGGAUUGUGCAAUUGAGAAAACAAUUACAGUGGUUGAGAAUGACCCUAAGUUGGUGAUAGCAGCACGCUACAAAGAUCUUUGUCCUAGAAUGGUAAAACUAGCAGCUCGAUCAUCUGAAUGCAAACUUGGCUAUCAAUUAGUUGAAGAAACUCUUAGGGAUUUGUGUGCAAAGGUAGACAAUAUGAUGACUUCAUUAGACGGCUCAGGCACUUCUGGUAGUGGAGGCAAUAUUGAAGUGGGUACCAAAGAAUUUGUAGUUGAUCCAAACUUUGCACAAGCUAAGGGCUUAAAAAAGAAAGAGGGCGGACACAAGGGUGGGAGUAGAUUAAAACCUUGGCAUGAGAAGACUACUAAGAGAACAAAAUUUGUUUUGCAACCUACCCGCCUUACUCAAAAUAUUGGACAGUCAAGCAACACUAGAAAUAUUCAGAAUUCAUCUUCAAACCACACAUCGGGAUUAGGAUUUGAUCUAGCAAAGCACAAUCCCAUGGUGGCUGAGUCAAUCUUUCGUAAUGAUAGUUUGUUUGAUUUUUUCAGUCAUUCAGAACCACCCUCGCCAAAUUGA